AUGCAGUUCACAGCGCCGCUUGCAAAGAAUCGUAUCAGGAUACCGACCAAAACAAAUCUGGCAAAGAAUGACCGACUUCAGUUCAAAGAAUUCCUGCCCCUGAAAUCGACGAAUUUUGUCAUGGGCGGCUACAGCAAGCCCCGAGGUGAGACGUGUACAAAGGAGCUACAGGCUCUUUUUGAGUGUCUCAAAAAGUGGGAAUUCGAUAAUUUGCCAUGCGCAGACUUUAAUCGGAUCUAUGUGGAUUGCGUGGACCGCGUCCAUCGGGCCAAUUUGGAGCUCACCGAGGCUUUAAAAAAGUAUCCACAGCCCGAGCUUGGCAAGUAUCCGUUCAAGGCGAUGAGGCGGCUUCCCAGUCAGUCUUACGCUGAUGAUAUUUUCCACAGAAAGAAUAAAUUCGGUAAACGAAACUGA